CGGCCCCGCCCCGGUGGACAGCAGCAGGAAGCGUGCGGGCUCCUCUGACACCGCGGUCGCAAAGGAAAGAGCUGCCAGCCAGGGGCUGGGUUGGUGCCUGUGUCCUGCUUCAGCCGUGUUGGUACAGCCUCCCCAAGGCCAAGCUGGUGGAUGGACUGCUGUUCCGCAUCUGCUUCCUGACCUUCCCAGCCCCCGCCUCAAAGAACACUUUGGCUCUGCUCCUUAUCAGGUCUCUGGGCUGCCCAGGCAGCCGGAGCAGCAACUCCCAGAUAAGUUCCAGCACAUUGGGCCUGUAGGCUGCUCCGUCACCAAUGAACCCCAUGAACCCCAUGAAACCUGUCCUGCCCCCUGCACCACACGGUGAUGGUUCAUUUGCAUAUGAGUCUGUGCCUUGGCAACAAAGUGCCACUCAGCCAGCUGGGUCACUGUCCGUGGUCACUACUGUGUGGGGAGUUGGCAACGCAACACAGAGCCAGGUUUUGGGAAACCCCAUGGGCCCUGCAGGAAGCCCCCCUGGUGGCUCCAUGAUGCCUGGUGUGGCAGGUGGCAGCUCUGCCUUGACCUCCCCGCAGUGCCUGGGACAGCAGGCGUUUGCUGAAGGUGGUGCUAGCAAGGGCUACGUACAGCAAGGAGUGUAUGGCAGAGGGGGCUACCCUGGGGGAUCCAGUUUCGGCACUGGGUAUGCAGGUGGUCCUGGAGGCCUGGGCCUCCCCUCACAUGCUGCACGGCCCUCAACUGACUUCACACAAGCAGCAGCUGCAGCUGCCAUGGCUGCUGCUGCAGCCACAGCUACAGCCACGGCCACGGCCACCGUGGCUGCCCUGCAGGAGAAGCAGAGCCAGGAGCUAAGCCAGUAUGGAGCGAUGGGGACUGGGCAGUCUUUUAACAGCCAGUUUCUGCAGCAUGGAGGUCCUCGAGGUCCCACCGUGCCUCCUGGCAUGAACCCUUCUGGCAUGGGAGGAAUGAUGGGCCCCUCCAGCCUCUCCUCCAUGGCCAUGACCCCUGCCCGGGCAGCAAGCAUGACACCCUUAUAUGCAGGACAGCGACUGCCUCAGCAUGGGUACCCUGGGCCUCCUCAGGCCCAGCCACUGCCCCGGCAGGGGGUCAAGAGAGCCUAUUCAGAGGUGUACCCUGGGCAGCAGUAUCUGCAAGGAGGCCAGUAUGCAGCCAGCACUGCCCAGUAUGCUCCUGGCCCUGGGCAGCCCCCAGGACCCGCUUCCUCUUACCCCGGACACAGGCUACCCCUGCAGCAAGGCAUGGCCCAGUCCCUGUCUGCACCUGGCCCCACGGGACUGCACUACAAGCCCACAGAGCAGUUCAACGGGCAGAGCACCAGCUUCAACGGGGGCAGCAUCAGCUACAGCCAGCCUGGCUUGAGUGGGCCUUCCCGUUCCAUCCCUGGUUACCCCAGCUCCCCACUGCCGGGGAAUCCCACGCCACCCAUGACGCCUAGCAGCAAUGUCCCCUACAUGUCCCCAAGCCAGGAGGUCAAGUCUCCUUUCCUGCCUGACCUCAAGCCAAGCCUCAGCUCUUUGCAGUCCUCCCCCUCUGGAAGUGGUCCUUGUGAUGAGCUGCGCCUGACCUUCCCAGUCCGAGAUGGGGUAGUUCUGGAGCCAUUCCGCCUGCAGCACAACCUGGCUGUGAGCAACCAUGUCUUCCAGCUCCGAGAUUCUGUCUAUAAGACCCUGAUGCUGAGGCCUGACCUGGAGCUGCAGUUCAAGUGCUACCACCACGAGGACCGGCAGAUGAACACCAACUGGCCAGCAUCCGUGCAGGUCAGCGUCAAUGCCACACCCCUCAGCAUCGAGCGUGGAGACAACAAGACCUCGCAUAAGCCUCUCUACCUGAAGCACGUGUGCCAGCCAGGUCGCAACACCAUCCAGAUCACCGUUACCGCCUGCUGCUGUUCCCACCUGUUCGUGCUGCAGCUGGUGCACCGCCCGUCUGUCCGCUCUGUGCUGCAGGGCCUCCUCAAGAAGCGCCUCCUGCCAGCUGAGCACUGCAUCACCAAGAUAAAGCGGAACUUCAGUAGCGGCACCAUCCCUGGCACCCCUGGGCCCAAUGGAGAGGAUGGGGUGGAGCAGACGGCUAUCAAGGUGUCCCUGAAGUGCCCCAUCACCUUCCGCAGGAUCCAGCUCCCAGCCCGUGGUCACGACUGUCGCCACAUACAGUGCUUCGACCUGGAGUCAUACUUACAGCUCAACUGUGAGCGGGGGACCUGGAGGUGCCCAGUGUGCAACAAGACGGCACUGCUGGAGGGCCUGGAGGUGGACCAGUAUAUGCUGGGCAUCCUGAUUUAUAUUCAGAACUCAGACUACGAGGAGAUCACCAUCGACCCCACGUGCAGCUGGAAGCCAGUGCCUGUGAAGCCUGACCUGCACAUCAAGGAGGAGCCGGACGGGCCAGUGCUGAAGCGCUGCCGCACCGUGAGCCCUGCCCAUGUGCUCAUGCCCAGUGUGAUGGAGAUGAUCGCUGCCCUGGGCCCUGGCGCUGCCCCCUUUGCCCCUCUGCAGCCCCCUUCGGCCACUGCCCCCAAUGACUACCCCAGCCAGGGUUCCAACUUCCUGGGUCCUGGAACCUUCCCAGAAUCCUUCCCAUCUGCUACACCCACCACCCCAAAUCUUGCUGAGUUCACCCAGGGGCCACCCCCCAUUUCCUACCAAUCUGACAUUCCCAGCAGCCUCCUCACUCCAGACAAGUCUGCUCCUUGCCUCCCAGGCCAGAUGACACCAGCAGGCCACCUGGACCCAGCCCACAAUACUGGACCACCAGGGCUGCAUACCCCCAACCUCGGGCCCACCCCAGGCUCCCAGCUACACCAUCCAAACCCUCCCCCUGCAUCCCGGCAGCCCCUGGGCCAACCAAACACAGGGCCCAUCAGCGAACUGGCCUUCAAUCCUGCCACGGGCAUGAUGGGGCCUCCCAGCAUGGCUGGGGCAGGGGAAGCCUCAGAACCAGCUCUGGAUCUGCUCCCCGAACUGACCAAUCCUGAUGAACUGCUCUCCUACCUGGGUCCACCCGACCUCCCCACAAACAGCAGUGAUGACCUGCUCUCACUCUUCGAGAACAACUGACCCUAUGUUAACCCCUGGCUGUCGAGGGCACACCCA